AUGGCGGCAUCUGCUGAAAGAUUAGGUGUGCGCCGUGGCUCCGGUAUGUUCAGGGAAGCGCUGCAGGCUGUCUCAUUCCUCAGUGAGGAGAAGGUCGCCGACAAGGUGGAUUAUUUGAAGAAGACGUUCAAGUGGUCUGAUACUGAGGUGGCCAUUGCUCUGUCUAAGGCUCCAAUGUUGCUGAAGAAGUCUAGAGAGAUGCUUAGGCGCAGUCUGAGUUCCUGA